AUGGCUGGUGCGCUGCACCGCGUCCUUCCGAGAUUUGUAACUCCCUGCAGAAUUGUGACCAGCGUGGGCGAUGCGGUAACAAAUAGUGUAAUCACCGAGACGAAGGCGAUUGAUGGGAGGCGGCGGCGGCAGUGUGACGUGUUCAUAAACCACCGUGGAGUAGACACGAAGAGGACGGUGGCCGGGCUGGUGUAUGACCGGCUGGCGCAGCUGAACCUGUGCCCUUUCCUCGACAACCGGAGCAUGGAACCCGGGGACAAGUUGUGUGACAACAUCAGUUCGGCCAUAUCGGACUGUCAUGUGGGGAUCGCUAUCUUCUCCCCUCGCUAUUGUGAGUCAUUCUUUUGCCUCAACGAACUUGCCAUGCUCGUCGAGGCCAAGAAGAAGCUCAUUCCCAUCUUCUUUGACAUUAAACCAUCUAGCCUUCAUGUCACUGACCAUCCCAACCUCUCCACCCAGGCAAUCCAGAGGUUCAACAAUGCUCUCCUAGAAGCCAAGAAUACGGUUGGCCUUACCUUCGACUCCCAGAGCGGGAACUGGUCUGAGCUGGUGACUAGAACUGCUGACAUAGUGGUGAAAAGCAUAAGCAACGGCAGAUGA